AUGAGUGACGGCAUCUCGGUGGCCCAGCUCGAGGGCGUCGACGGCUUCGCGCGCACGCUGUACCGCCGCGCCAAGUCGUCCGGCGCCGACUUUGACGAUGUCGCCGCCGCCAUCCGCCGCCUGCACACGGUGCUCAAGCACCUCCUCGCCGAGGCCGAAGACGCCGACUCGCUGCUCAACUCGGACCGCGCCGCCGUUUACGCGCGCCAGCUGACGCCCGUCGUCGAGGACUGCGACUUUACGCUGAAGCAGUUUGACACGAUCCUCGGCCGCCACGCCGAGGGCGACGCCUCGUCGCCCGAGGCCCGCGAGCGCGAGCGCGGCAUGCUGCACAACCCCAGCAAGACGCAGAGCGUUUCGGUUCGCGGUGGUGAGAGCGGCGGCCAGGCGAACGGCCAGGCGAACGUCCAGCAGCUUGACGCCAUCAAGGACAAGGUCGACGCCAUUGCGGCGCGCAUCUGCCGCCAGCGACAGGGUGGCGGUGGUGGUGGUUUUGGCGACGAUGGCUUCGGCGAUGACGACAAUCACAACCAUGAGGAGGAGACAUGGCAGCAGUUCCGUACGGAGCUCGAAAAGGAAGGAUUCUCCAAGGAUGUCCUGCGACAGAAUAAGGACGUCCUCCGUGCCUACAUACGCGAACUCGAGACGAUACAAAACGAGACGGGCCCGCCACCGUCUGUCCGGGGCCUGCUCGAACAAGAACAGAAGAGAGAGCGACGCUAUCCUCAGCCCAACCUCUCUGUCGUGCCGGCUUCCUACCCAGACCGCCAGGACCUUAGCCCCAAGGAGUUGAUGCACCCGACCUUUGACAACGAAAAGUACGCCCCCUCAAUGAAGAUGGCGCGUCGCACGCCCGAGAUGCAGCCGCCGAACCUCGCCGCCCAACACAGUCAGCUGAGCCAACUAUCGUACGACAAGCACUCGUCUGAUGACGACUAUGACGGACGUGAUGUGAGCUCGCUGGCUCUCAUCUCGACCAGGGACCUCAUGAUCAUGGAUACGACCAGCAACAACAACAACAAUGGCGGCGCCGGAUUCAACGCCCAGAUGGCCGCCUUGUCUUUUCACCCACACGCCAACCCGGCCAACUACAGCGUCUCGCCGUCGGCCUCGGCGCGCUACCUUCCGCCCGCCGUCGCCGCCGAGCUCUCCUCCUCGCCGAGCAACCACCUGUCGGUAUCGCCGCGCUUCGUGCCACCUCUGCCCACCUACUCGGCAGCCCCCGGCUCGUCGCCGCCGCCGCCCUACGGCUCGUCGCCACGGUCCCAGCAACAGCAGCAAGCCUACCACGCGCACCAGCAGCAGCCGCAGCCGCAGCCGUCUCGUCUGGCCCCUGACCGCUACGGCAUGGAUAUCCCCCUCGACGCAAAGUGGACGCGCAUCAGGCGGUCGCUCGUGUCGCCCGAGGUCCUCGAGCACGCCGGCGUCCGCUACGAGGCGCGCCCCGACUUUGUCGCCGUCCUCGGCGAGCUGUCGCGCGAGGACAUUGCCCACUACGCCAACCUCUCAGCCGUCGCCCGCGCCCGCCGCAGCAACGCCCACGCCGGCAAGAAGCCGCCGGUGAUAGCCCAUUUGCGUCCCGCCGGGACAAGCGCCGCGCCGCGCGACAUGUCGGCCUCGCGCCGCGCAGCCCGCCCGACGACGACCGCUACCACCACGGCAAGCAGCAGCGGGCCGCGGCACUCGUCCGACUCGGACUCGGUCCUCUGGGACGAGUCGGACACGACGGACGACGAGACGAGCAGGCGACGGCACGGCGGGGGCUCCGACGAGAAGAAGCGGCGGCCCUACUUCGUCGUGCCGGCGCCGAGCAGCGCGCGCGACCGCACGAGCCCGGCGUCGACGGUCCAGCCGAAGCCGAUCCUCAAGAACCGCAACGAGAACCACGUGCGCUUCGACCCGGAGCCGCACGAGGUGACGGCCGACGAGAUGGACAAGUCGGCGCGGUCGGCGCGCGAGGGCGAGAGGCGGCGCCGCAGCCGGCGCGACCGUGAGAGGGAGUACCACCACGAGUCGUCCUCGAACAACCGCGACCGCGACCGCGACCGAGACAGGGACCGAGACAGGGACCGUGACCGUGACCGUGAUCGCGACCGCGACAGGGAGUACAGCGCCUCGCGCAGGCACCGGGAGCGUGACGCGCGCGGGGAGACCAGGGACCCGCGCGACAGGAAGGACAAGAAGAAGCUCGGGACACUCGGCGCCAUGGGCAUCGGUGGUGCGGCGGGCAGUUUGCUGAGCGUUCUCACCGAGGCGGCCAACGGCGCGGGUUUCUGA